AUGUCUGACUUGUAUUUUAAUAUGAAAUUUGCUUCCAAGCAAUUCGAACGUCAAAGUAAAAAGAGUGAAAAGGAACAAGUAAAGGAACGUACAAAAAUCAAACAAGCUUUGGAGAAGGGAAAUGUUGAAGCUGCCCGAAUUCACUCCUCCAAUGUAAUUCGAUUGAAGAAUGAGGCUAAUAAUUUCCUGAGAUUAUCGGCACGUUUGGAAGCUUGUGCUAGUAGAGUGAAAACUGCUGAAAUGAUGGGAAAUGUUGUCAAGACUAUGGGAACUGUUGUGAAAGGAAUGGACAAGGCAUUGGAAGCAUUGGAUACAGAAAAGAUUGGAAUGAUUAUGGAUAAAUUUGAAGAACAAGUUCAAGGAUUGGAUGUGACAACUUCAUAUAUGGAAUCAAGUAUGAAUACUGUGACAGCAACAAAUACCCCUGAGGAUGAAGUUAAUUCAUUGAUGGCACAAGUUGUGGAUGAGAAUAAUUUGAAUUUGGAUCAAACUAUUUCACUUGCCAAAGUUGGAAAGGAUCAAAUUUCUGAAAUUCAAGCUGAAGCUCUCAUGAAAGAAGUACAAAAACAAAGAGAGAAGAAGAAGGCACUCAUGAUGUAA